GUUAGAGAUCGGCCAUUUUUUGUAGUUCCAUAUCCAUGUCUUAUAAUGGGUGGCAAUGGCCUAAAAGACUACACUAUGUAUUUCAGGUUGGCUGUGGUGUUCCUGGUGGUGAUUAGUGUGGUGUGGAUUCCCAUUCUCCAAUCAGCCAAUAGCGGACAGCUCUAUGUCUACAUCCAAUCAGUGACAAGCUACCUGGCCCCGCCCAUCACGGCCACCUUCACACUCGCAGUCUUCUGGCCAAGGACUAAUGAACAGGGUGCCUUCUGGGGUCUGAUGGUCGGCCUGGCGGUAGGUGUGUCCCGGAUGCUUCUGGAGUUUGCGUUCCCGCCGCCCCGCUGUGGUAUCCAUGACGACGCCCCCUCUGUCCUGCGUUCCGUCCACUAUCUGCAUUUCGCCAUUCUACUGUGGGCCAUAACUAUGGCAAUCAUCAUAGGCAUCAGCCUCCUCACACCUCCACCACCCCCAGAGCAGGUGAGGAAUCUGACCUGGUGGACUCUGAGCGGCGCCUGCAGUCGUGACAUUCCCCUACAGAAGGUGGCAACCAUCACAGGUUCUCUGCGUAGGACUCGGUGUGUGAGGUCUACUGGUAUCUGUAGUCCUCAUCCCACUCGAGCGACAGCAGCAGCAGCAGCAACUACUACACUACCCACAAUCCCCUCUACCAGAGAGGAGCCAUUUUGGAAACACUUCUGCUGCGCCAACGCCAUCCUCCUAGUGUGUGUUAAUGUGUUCCUGUAUGCUUACUACGCCUAAUACACACACACACACACACUCACACUCACGCACACACACACACACACACACACCUAAUGCCAUCCUGCUAGUGUGUGCGAACGUGUUCGUCUACGAUUACUACGCCUAACACACACACACACACACACACACACACACACACACACACACACACACACACACACACACACACACACACACACACACACACACACACACAAACACGGGCACACUCUGUAGAUUUACUUUACUUACUUACUUCUGUAGUUUAGAUAAGAAAUAAUAGAAUGCUUCUAACCACACACACUCGCAGAGACAAUAUGUGUAGACAUAUAGCUGAACACACACACACAGACACACGCACACACCUAAUACCAUCCUGCUAGUGGGUGUUAACGUGUUCCUCUAUGCUUACUAUGCCCAACACUCACAUUCACACACACACACACAGACAAACACACACACACCUAACGCCAUCCUGCUAGUGUGUGUUAAUGUGUUCCUCUAUGCUACCUACGCCGAACACACACACACCUAAUACCAUCCUGCUAGUGGGUGUUAACGUGUUCCUCUAUGCUUACUAUGCCCAACACACACAGACACACAGACACACACACACACACACACACACACACACACACACACACACACACACACACACACACACACACACACACAAACAGAUUAUAUGUACUUGUGUUAGUGUAUGUGUAUAGAUUUAGAUGUCAUUCUUAUGCCCUUUUGAUUUGGA